CGGCUGGAUUUCCUCGUCCGUCUUCCUCCCGUGUUUUUCUGGCUGAGCUUGGCAUCGAGGGGGCUGAGUUCGGGCGGCCGCGCCGGGCGCACCGCGGGGGUCACGGCGGCGGCGGCGGCUGACGGCUGGAAGGGCGGGCUUCCCUCGCCGCGCGUCCUCCUUCCCCGGUCCGCUCGGUGUCAGGCGCGGCGGGCGGACUUCGUCCCUCCUGCCGCUCCCCCCCGCGCCGGAGCGCGCUCCCCUGCCUUCGCCAUCCCCCGACCCUUCACCCCGGGCACUGGGCGCCUCCUCCGGCGCAGCGCAGGGAGCGGGGGCCGGGCUCCUGCUCGGCUGUCGCGCCUCCAUGUCGGAUAACCAGAGCUGGAACUCGUCGGGCUCGGAGGAGGACCCGGAGACGGAGUCCAGGCUGCCGGUGGAGCGCUGCGGGGUCCUCAGUAAGUGGACAAACUACAUUCGUGGGUGGCAGGAUCGUUGGGUAGUUUUGAAAAAUAAUACUCUGAGUUACUACAAAUCUGAAGAUGAGGCAGAAUAUGGCUGCAGAGGAGUGAUCUGUAUUCACAAGGCUGUCAUCACGCCUCAUGAUUUUGAUGAGUGUCGGUUUGAUAUUAGUGUAAAUGAUAGCAUUUGGUAUCUUCGUGCUGAGGAUCCAGCUCACAGACAGCAGUGGAUAGAUGCCAUCGAACAGCACAAGACUGAAUCUGGAUAUGGAUCUGAAUCCAGCUUGCGUCGACAUGGCUCAAUGGUUUCCCUGGUGUCUGGAGCAAGUGGCUAUUCUGCAACAUCCACCUCUUCAUUCAAGAAAGGCCACAGUUUACGUGAGAAAUUGGCUGAAAUGGAAACUUUUAGAGAUAUCUUAUGUAGACAAGUUGAUACUCUGCAGAAAUACUUUGAUGCCUGUGCUGAUGCUGUCUCCAAGGAUGAACUUCAAAGGGAUAAAGUGGUAGAAGAUGAUGAAGAUGACUUUCCUACAACACGUUCUGAUGGAGACUUCUUGCAUAAUACCAAUGGUAAUAAGGAAAAGAUAUUUCCACAUGUAACACCGAAAGGAAUUAAUGGUAUAGACUUCAAAGGGGAGGCGAUAACUUUUAAAGCAACUACUGCUGGCAUCCUUGCUACCCUUUCUCAUUGUAUUGAACUGAUGGUAAAACGGGAAGACAGCUGGCAAAAGAGGCUGGACAAGGAAAUUGAGAAAAGAAGAAGAAUAGAGGAAGCAUACAAAAAUGCCAUGACAGAACUUAAGAAAAAAUCCCACUUUGGAGGACCAGAUUAUGAGGAAGGCCCAAACAGUCUGAUUAAUGAAGAAGAGUUCUUUGAUGCUGUUGAAGCUGCUCUUGACAGACAAGAUAAAAUAGAAGAACAGAGUGAAAAGGUCAGGUUACAUUGGCCUACAUCCAUGCCAUCUGGAGAUGCCUUUUCAUCUGUGGGAACUCACAGAUUUGUCCAAAAGCCCUAUAGUCGCUCUUCCUCCAUGUCUUCCAUUGAUCUAGUCAGUGCCUCUGACGCUGCUCACAGAUUCAGCUCCCAGGUUGAAGAGAUGGUGCAGAACCACAUGACUUAUUCGUUACAGGAUGUAGGUGGAGAUGCCAAUUGGCAGCUGGUUGUAGAAGAAGGUGAAAUGAAGGUAUAUAGAAGAGAAGUAGAAGAAAACGGGAUUGUUCUGGAUCCUUUGAAAGCUACCCAUGCAGUUAAAGGCGUCACAGGACACGAGGUCUGCAGUUACUUCUGGAAUGUUGACGUUCGCAAUGAUUGGGAAACAACUAUAGAAAACUUCCACGUGGUGGAAACAUUAGCUGAUAAUGCAAUCAUCAUUUAUCAAACGCACAAGAGAGUAUGGCCUGCUUCUCAGCGAGAUGUAUUAUAUCUUUCUGCCAUUCGAAAGAUACCGGCCUUGACUGAAAAUGACCCAGAAACUUGGAUAGUUUGUAAUUUUUCUGUGGAUCACGACAGUGCUCCUCUAAACAAUCGAUGUGUCCGUGCCAAAAUAAAUAUUGCUAUGAUUUGUCAAACUUUGGUAAGCCCACCAGAGGGAAACCAGGAGAUUAGCAGGGACAACAUUCUAUGCAAGAUUACGUAUGUAGCUAAUGUGAACCCAGGAGGAUGGGCACCAGCCUCAGUGUUAAGGGCAGUGGCAAAGCGAGAGUACCCAAAGUUUCUAAAACGUUUCACCUCUUACGUGCAAGAGAAAACUGCAGGAAAACCUAUUUUGUUUUAGUAUUAACAGUGACUGAAGCAAGGCUGUGUGACAUUCCAUGUUGGAGGAAAAAGUAAAAAACAAAAUUGAAUGCUCUAAGCUGGAACAUAGGAUCUAUAGCCUUGUCUAUGGCCCAACACCUUGGCCUUGUGUACACGAAGGAAGAAGUAUUGCAAUAGCAAAGCCGAACGUCUAACACUAGCUGUCUCCUGCUAGAUCUCCUCGCUCAGCAUUUACCUAUAAAUACAUGUACAAUGACAUGUAUAUGGCUAUAUUUUUAUUUGCUUGCUCCUAGAAGAGAAAAAAAUCAACUUUGAAUCACAACUAGGAAUUGAUGCUUUAAUUUUUGGAAACUUUUUCAGAAUUUUUAAUUUACUGUGGUCAGGCCUAAGAUCCUCAGUUGUAUCAGGUUUUGUGCACAAAAGAAAAGCACAAAAGUUGAACGCACAUGGGGCCUGUGCUUUCUGUGCACCAAAUAUCUGGAUGGGGGUCUUUUUUCAGGCCUACAGUCAAAUAUGUGUCCUGAAUUUUUUGACUUUUUUGCUUUGUAUAAUCAUAGAAUUCAUUGCUGCUGAUUUCUCUACUGAUUGGUGUUGUCGUGUAAAGUGUCUCAGUGACAGGGCUGUCCAUCACCUGCGAGUUUGCCUUUUCUAUAGUCUUACUCCGAUGAAGAGCCUUGGUUCUGAUGGAGAAAGAGUGAAAAGCUGUAUUUUUUCCCCAGAUAUCUUUACAUUUCUGUUGUCUUUUUAGUUGUGUACUGUGUACUACAGAUUCUUUUCAGUUUGUUACAAACACAAUUUAGUAAUUCCUUAAUUGGUUUUGCCUGCCUCCAAACAGAAACAUCUGUACACAUCUUGUGGGUAUAAAUUACUUUCUGGUAAAAUGGUUAGGAUAAAAUGAGCUCAUAUGUUCCUGAAAUUUAUAAGAGGACAUAUGGUAUUACUUGUUAAAGCAAAUCAAACUGUUUGACAUUUGAGUCAAUAUUUCUAGUAUUCAUAACAGGUACGUUCGUUAGUUCUUCUCAUUUGGGUCAGUUUAAAAGCUAUGUUGUAAGAUAUGCAUAGAAAAUGUGACCAGUGCACCUGUGUCCCUCUUUAUCAGAAACUGCAGCAGAGCAGUAAAGGAUUCCAUGUGAUUCAAACUGAAAUUCUUUCUUUAGUUGCAUUAAGAACUUAAAUGUAAAAUACCUUUUCUAGUUUUAGGCCUCUGUGAAAAACCUUGAAGCGUGGAGCUGAGGUAAGAAAUGGUACUCAUUGAAGUAGAAAUGACUGCCCUCUUAAAAAUCUUCGUUUUGUUUAUACACAUAUGUGCUUACAGAAAUCAGAGGCAUUUGGUAGACACUUUGCUGACUUGCACAUCUCUGUAGAAACACAGAAAUCAGAUGAAUUUUGUAAAGCAGAAAGUCAUGUCACAUGGACCAUGUCCUGUAUAUAUUUCACACAUGGUAAUGGGGUCUUAAUGAUAAAUGCAAGGUGAUAAUUUAAUGAUGGGAUUAGUCUGAUCACUUGUGCACAAUCCUGGAAGUGAAUUACUUGCAUCAGAUAUAGUGGUAUUUAUUAUUCUGUACAGAGAGAAAAAUACGUAUAAAACAUAUGCUUACAUUACAUGCACGCAGAUUUCAUGCUCCAUAAAUCUUUUCUAUUUUUUAAUUUGCCGUUCUCUAAAUGAUGUGCAUGGAAUAUGCCUUAUUUCAGAAAAAUGCUGUUCAUAAUUUGACUACAUGGAGAAGUGCCUAUAUGGUGGUAAUGCUAGUAAGGCAAAUAAGACAAAUUAUCAUAUCAGUUUACUACAUCACCAGUUAACAUUUUAUAUUGUGACGUUUAAAAAAGAAAAGUUUAUACCUCAAAUGUGUACUUUAUUUUACAAUCAGCUGUGGCGUUGGGAUGGGAGUAUGGGAGGGUUGGGAGAGGAAGGUUUGUUUACCAUAGCCGCUGUGAGAGGAAUCUUCAAAAAAAUUCUCUAUGCCCACUAUAAAUGUUUCUCUGUUUGCCGUUUCUGGUAACUAUCAUGAACACAGACAAGUAACUUUCAUAACUGAAUUGGAUAGCUUUAUUUUACAAAGAUAUGGAAAGUUUACAAAGCAGUAUCUAAAUCUAAUUAUCAUAAGUUUCAUUUGCACUAAAUGUUAAUGAUAGACUUUUGCAAUUGUGUAAAUAAAAUGAUUACACUAAAAAUAUUUGUAUUAAAAAAGAAAAGAAAAAGAUGCGUUUUACCUUUAGAUAACUGCACUGGUACUUCACUGAAGUUAAUUCCGUCCAACCAGGGUUAGAAAUGAGUUGGGGAAUAUGAAAAGAGUUUAAAAGAGGUCAGAUUUGGAGAGGUACUAGCCAUUUAGACAAUAUCCAGACCCUCUAGAAUUAUUUCCAUAUGGCUAAUUCCUGUAUACAAAUAUACACAAUGCUUUCUCAUCCACGGUUAUUUCCUAUUUCUCUUCCCUAAGCAAAAAAAAAAAAAAUGCUAUGCUUUCACUCUCUUGUCUUCUCAGUUACUCUUUUGUACUGUGAUGGAAACUUGAAAAAUACUGGUGAUGAGGGGUUUUGUCCCUGAGUGCCCACUGUACAGUUCAAGAGAGCACAGUAUUUCACUUGGAGUUCAGGACUCCUGAUGUGGAGGUGGAGCGUGAUCCUAGCAGCUCCUGGUUUGGGAUCGCCCUAGGGACAGCCAGACCAAGGAGGGGGUGGCUGGGAGCGAGGUGUAAGAAUACAGAAUAAGGAAAGGAGGAAUGCGUUCCUAUUUGUUCCGUUCCAUCAGCUCACGUGUACACCUGUACAACAUCAGUGUCAGUUGCUAUUGAGAAAACUUUAGUUGGGCUGAGCUGGUUCUCCUGUGAAAUUGUGCUGGUUAUCUUUAAGCUUAUCAGUUUUUGUCCAAUUAAACACUUUCACCAGUAUUUAGUCCAAGUUGUACAGACGAUGUAUUUGGAUUAUUGUCAUUGUUCAUCUAUGAACUCAACACAUAAUCAUUUUAAAGUACCCUGGGAGUGUGUAGAGUGUAACUCUUCUAUAAUAGCUUUAUGAUCCUGAUGAUGUUUUUAAAAAAUAAUAAAGUUGGAUCUUCCAUGUUACAAUCACAAAAUUAAAACCAGUAUUUAAAAAUGGAAAAGUAUUAAAAUAUUAUGGACUACUGUA